UGACUAAGCUUCCCGGGUGGUGCUAAUGCUGCAUGCCAAUCCAGGAGAUAUAAAAGAUGCAGAUUCAAUCCCUGGGUCAGGAAGAUCUCCUGGAGAAAGAAAUGGCAACCCACUCAAGUCUUCUUGCCUAGAGAAUCACAUGGACAGAGGAGCCUGGCAAGCUAUGGUCCAUAGGUUUGCAAAGAGUUGAACACGACUGAAGCAACUUAGCACACACACACAGUUAUCAUCCUGAGAUAGUUGUGGGGACUGAAGAGAACAGUCUGCAGCAGUCUGACAUGGAAGUCACUAAAUUGCCAACCUCAGCAAGCAAUUCUUUCAUCUUUGAAGGAGAACUAGUAGCUGAGUGUUUACAGUACUGGAAAAGGUAGGUAAUGUAAAAGAGAACUGUAAAUCAGGUAGGUCUGGUUACAUACAUUGUAGACUGCCUUAUCUGAGAAAGAGCUAAUGCAAGAAAGGUAGGUAAUUGAAAAAUUAUAUUUUUCAGCUCUAAUCAUUUUCUUUUUUGUGACAGAAAAUUUCAAACAUGCAUGAAAUAUCAAGAAAAUAGUAUAAUAAACUCCUAUCAUGCCCAUCAAUAGAAAAUUGUCAAUAUUUUGCCAUAUUAAAAAAAUAUUAAUACAUUAAUGCUUUCUUUAAAAGCCAUUUCCCCUCCAGGUUUAUUGAGGUAUAACUGACAAUCAAUAAUAGUUUAUGUUUAAAAUGUACAACCUGAUGACUUGACAGUGCAUGUGUGCUGAAUCGUGUCUGACUCUUUUGAUGCUAUGGACUGUAGUCCACCAGGCUCCUCUGUCUAUGGGAUUCUCCAGGCAAAAAUACUGGACUGAGUUGCCAUUUCCUCCUCCAGGGAAUCUUCCCCAGAGAUUGAGCCAAUGUUUCCUGAGUCUCCUGCAUUGACAGAAAGAUUCUUUACCACUGUGCCAACUGGGAAGCCCCGAUGACUUAAUACACAUAUUGUUCCUGUUCAAUUGCUAAAUCCUGUCCGACAAUUUUUGACCCCAUGGACUCCAACACACCAGGCUCCCCCAUCCUGCACUAUCUACUGGAGUUUGCUAAAAUUCAUGUCCAUUGAGUCAGUGAUGCUAUCUAACCAUCUCAUCCUCCACUGCCCCAUUUGCUCCUUUUGCCUUUAAUCUUUCCUAGCAUCAGGGUCUUUUCAGCACAAUCAAAUUAAUCAUUGUGGCCCCCAAUGCAUAAAUUAACCAUUUUUUCCUUUUUUUAUGGUGAAAAGAUCCAAGAUCUACUCUUUUAGAAAGCCCAAUGUACACAGUUUAGUAUUGUCAACUGUAACCAUAUUAUUGUACACCAGUUUAUAACUUGCCUGUGUGCUUGCUAAGUUGCUUAGUCAUAUCCAACUCUUUGUGACCCAUGGACUGUAGCCAGAAAUUCUCCUCUCUCCAUGGGAUUCUUCAGGCAAGAAUACUGGAGGGGGUUGCCAUUUCCUACACCAGGGGAUCUUCCCAAUGAAGCCAAAAGCCUUAAUUAAUCAUACUAUUUUAGCCAAGGUACAUGAGCAUAAUAAAGUGAUCCUAUUAUAAGCACCACAAACUUUGAUCUCCUUCUUUUAGGGUGGAAGGGAAGGGAAACUGCUGAGCUGGGAAGAUGGCCACACAAAUAACUAGACUUCUGAGUGGGCGUCCACGAUUUUGUUCAUUCAGCCCUACUGUCAUUCAUUCAUUCAAAACAGUGCACUCUAGGCACCUUCCUCACACAGUGACCAUCCACCAGUGAGACAGACCACACUAGACUUGGACUUGAGUCCAAGUGAGGAUUAGUCAUUUACUGAUUCUAUGACUUUGGAGAAGUGCUGUCCUUGAGCCUCCUCUUUCUCAUUUUUGUCAAAUAGGGAUAAUAAUACCUUCUUGAAUGGGGCAUUGUUAGAGUUAAAAAUGAUGGAAGUUCCCCAGAAAUGCACAUACCUGUGUUCUAUAACAUAUGCCACUGUUAUUCUGCUAGGCCCUGAGCACAUGAUUAAAGAAAUCAUAAAGCAGUCUUUUUCUCCCCAUAAUCCCCUUUCCCAAUCUAAGAGGGCAGCUAAAAGCUUACAGAGGCCCCAUGCACAGAUCAACAUGUGAGAUGCCAAAAGCCUAUCUCCAAUAACAGCAUUCAGUCAUCUUCUAAAAUCGUUCAAGCUCUUCUAAUCUUCCGUUUCCUUUCCUUAGGUCUUGCAGCUCUACAUACACAAUCUGGGCUAAAUCCUGCUGUUGGUGGAAGUCAAAUGCUUAGGCACCAGUUGUGUUGUCCAACCCAAGUUCCUGUGCUUGAGGUAAAGUGAGGCCAAACAAACCAAAAUGUUGGAGUUGAAGCAGAGAAAGGCUUAUUGAAAAGAUUAAGCAAAGAGUACAGGCAGCUCAUGCUAUAAAGACCAGAACUCUCUGAUGGACUUCAGGGGAUAAUCUUAAAAGGGAAGGUGAAGGAGAAAGUCCAGUGUAUGUGAUCAACUGUUGCAUUAUUUUCUGCUUGGUUGAUGGUGAGGUAACAGGGUGGUGUCACAGGGUUUUAUAUCAUCAGUCCUUAGGCUCUAGCUGGUGUGGGGGCUCCCUGCUUGUGGCCAUCAUACAGUUAAUUUAUUCCAUCUGGUGGGGGUUUUAGUAUCUGCAGAAUAACUCAGGAAUGUACAUUUGAUAUUGUUAUUUAUUAAUAUGUCCUUCAGGGAGGAACUAUGGAUUCUGUGACUGUUGCAUGGCUUAUCUAGUGUUUAAUUUUGUUUUUAAAUUACAUGUUCAUAUUCUUUCAGUCUUUUUUAAAAAAUAGUUUUAUUUCUUUUUGGUUAUGCUGGGUCUUCACUGCUGCACAGGCUUUUCUCUAAUUGCAAUGAGCAGAGGGCUAUUCUUGAUUGCAGUUGAGCAGACUUCUCAUUGCACUGGCUUCUUUUGUUGUAGAGCAUGGGCUCUAGGGCAUGUAAGUUUCAAUAGCUGUGGCAGGUGGGUUCAAUAGUUGCUGCUCCCAGAUUCUAGAGCAUAGGUUCAAGUUGUGGCCCACAGGGUUAGUUACUUCAAGGCAUAUAGAUCUUCCCCGACCAGGGAUCCAACCUGUGUUUUCUGCAUUAGCAGGCAGAUUCUUUACCACUGAGCCACCAAGGUAGCCCUAAUCAUCAAUUAUUGAGCCACCUCUUGUAAUUCAGAGGAGAUCUGGGAGACUAAAGCUUUUCUACAAAAGGGAAGCAGGAAGAGGGCAUGAGGUGGUGUGCUCCAUCCCAGGAAGGCCCCAUAGGGUCCUGCUCCAUUACAGUUGGAGAACUUCCAGCGCCCUUGUUUGGUCCUGAUGAGGGCAAAGUGCCCAGAAGGCGGGGUGCUAUCUCUUUCGGCCAGCUCUCUCCUGGUCUCUCCACAGCUGACGGGCAUUUCUGAGCAGAUGCGGCUGAUAGAGUUGGUACCUCCUUUUUCCACCUUGGGGGUGGGUGCCUGGGCUCAUAGCUCUCACUUUGGCAGAGUUUGCAGCCACGUGCCUGAACGCUGGCGCCCUGGUUGCAGGACUCCGAGUGCAGCACCGUCCUACCCGCCUCCAUCAGCUGCGCCAGCAUCCUCUCCGCGUACCUGCGUGUGGCUCCUGUCUGGCCACCCCUUCGUCCCGCUGUCCACACCGCUCCCGACUCAGGGCUCCAGGCGGUGGUGGCAGAGGCGCCUAGAGGGUGGUCCAGAAGGCUGGGACCAGGCAAGAGCUGACGCUCCAUUUCCAGAAGCAGGUGGUUCUGGUAUACCGCCUAGCGGACUGGCACUGUGGUUGAGCCUCCAGCACCCCCGUCGGCGCCACCAUGAGCAGUCCGAGCAACUCCCCUGCCAAAGCGGCGCCCGCGCCACAGUCCACGCCGGCCCCGGAGCCCACGCCGGCCUCGGAGCCCACGCCGGAGUCCACGCCGGAGCCCCAGUCCACGGCGGCCCCGGAGCCCACGCCGGAGCCCUCGCCGGUCCCCGCGCCCUCGCCUGUGGCCGCUAGCAAGAUGCACUUGGUGUACCCGGAGGUGAAUCCCAACCCGCUGCUGCACUCGAACUUCUGCUCCCUCUUGUUUCUCAGGUGGAUAAACCCCUUUUUCCUAUUUGGUCACAAAUGGAGAUUGAAAGAAAAUGAGAUACACUCAGUGCUUCCAAAAGAUUGCUCCCAGCACCUUGGAGAAGAGCUGCAAGGGUACUGGAAGCAAGAAGUUGACAGAGCUGAGAAAAAUGGACAGAAGCCUUCUUUAAAGAAAGCAAUCAUAAAGUGCUACUGGAAAUCCUGUUUGUUAUCUUCAAUUUUUAUAUUAUUUGAGGAAUGCAUCAUAGUAGUUCUGCCCUUACUUUUGGGGAAAAUGAUUAGUUACUUUGAAAACCCCAAAAGUUCUAAUGCUUUGCAUGAUGCCUACAUCUGUGCCGCAGUGCUGAGUGCCUGUGUGCUCCUGUGGGCCAUUCUGCACCACUUGAACUUCAAUUAUCUUCAGCGCAUGGGGAUGAGGCUUAGAGUGGCCACCUCCCAUAUGAUCUACCACAAGGCAUUUCACCUGAGUAACUUGGCCAUGAGGAAGACCACCACAGGUCAGAUAGUCAACCUGCUGUCCAAUGAUGUGAAAAGAUUUGAUCAGGUAGCAACGUUCUUGCACUACCUGUGGGUGGGGCCGCUACAGGCUAUUGCAGUGACCGUCCUGCUCUAUAUGGAAAUAGGAAUAUCAUGUCUUGCUGGGAUGGCGAUUCUCAUCAUUCUUCUGGUUUUGCAAAGCUGCUUUGGGAAAUUAUUUUCAUCACUCUGGAGAAAGACCGCAGCUCUCACAGAGAACAGAAUCAAGACCAUGAGUGAAGUCAUAACUGGCAUCAGAACAAUAAAAAUGUAUGCUUGGGAAAAGUCAUUUGUAGAGCUUAUUACCACAUUGAGAAGGGAUGAAAUUUCCAAGAUUCUGAAAAGUUCCUACCUUAGAGGAGUGAAUUUGGCAAUUUUUUUUGCUGCCAGCAAAAUCAUGAUUUUUAUCACCUUCAUCAUUGCCGUGGUCCUUAACAACCGGAUCACAGUCAGCCAAGUGUUUCUGGUGGUGAUGCUGUUCGAGACUGUGAGGUUUACAGGCACCCUCUACUUCCCCAUGGCCAUCGAGAAGGUGUCAGAGGCCGUUGUCAGCAUCAACAGAAUCAAGGACUUUCUGUUACUCGAAAACAUACCACUGCAUGACCAUCAGCUGCCACCAUCAGAUGGUGAAACAAUUGUGGAUGUGCAAGAUUUAACUGCUUUUUGGGAUAAGAAAUCAGGAACCCCAACCCUACAAGGCCUUUCCUUUACUGUCAGACCCGGUGAACUGUUAGCUGUGGUCGGACCUGUGGGCGCAGGAAAGUCAUCACUGUUAAGCGCUUUGCUGGGGGAGCUUUCCUUGAUCCAGGGGAAUGUCAACGUCCAAGGGAGGAUUGCGUAUGUUUCUCAGCAGCCCUGGGUGUUUCCAGGAACUGUGAGGAGUAACAUUUUAUUUGGGAAGAAAUAUGAAGAAGACAGAUAUAAAGAAGUAAUAAAGGCGUGUGCUUUGGAAAAGAAUUUGCAGAAUUUGAAGGAAGGAGAUCAAACUGUGAUAGGAGACGGAGGAACCCCACUGAGUGAAGGGCAGAAAGCCCGGAUCAGCCUCGCCAGAGCCGUGUAUCAGGAUGCAGACAUCUACCUCCUGGACGAUCCGCUCAGCGCAGUGGAUGUAGAAGUCAGCAGGCACUUGUUCAACCAGUGUAUUUGCCAAGCCUUGAAAGAUAAGGUCACAAUUUUAGUGACUCAUCAGUUGCAGUACCUAAAAGCUGCAAGUAAGAUUCUGCAAUUGGAAAAUGGUGAAAUGGUGGGAAAGGGGCCUUACACUGAGUUCCUGAAAUCCAGAAUAGAUUCUGACUCCCUUUCAAAGAAGAAGACUGAGGAGCCUGAACCAUCUUCCAAGUCUCCAGACCAGCCUCAAGAGUCCUCCACAGAGUCAAUGAAAGAUGCAGCCCCAGAGGACCACGAUACUGAGGAUAUACUGGUUAAACUACCCCUGGAGGACUAUUCAAAGGGACAAGUUGGUUGUAAGACCUACAAGAAUUACUUCACAGCUGGUACUCACUGGUCUAUCAUCAUUUUGCUUAUUCUAGUGAACAUCGCAGCUCAGGUUGCCUAUGUCCUGCAGGAUUGGUGGCUUUUAGACUGGGCGAAUGAACACUACAUCAAUGUUAGUAGACAAGGAAAUGAAACGAGGAUGAUCAAUCUGAACUGGUACUUAGUAGUUUAUUCAGGUUUAAAUGUAUUUACCAUCUUUUUCGGCAUCACGAGAUCUCUGGUUUUAUUCUACAUCCUUGUUCAUUCUUCACAAAUUUUGCACAACAAAAUGGUAGAGUCCAUUUUGAGAUCUCUGGUAUUGUUCUUCGAUAGAAACUCAAUAGGAAGAAUUUUAAAUCGUUUCUGCAAAGACAUCGGGCUUAUGGAUGACUUACUGCCCCUGACAUUUCAAGAUUUAAUCCAGACAUUUCUACUUGUGAUUGGCGUGGUGAUCGUGAUGGUGGCUAUGAUUCCUUGGAUUGCGAUACCCCUGGCUCUCCUUGGCAUCAUUUUCUUCCUGCUUCAGCUCUAUUUCCUAAAUACAUCAGGAGAUGUCAAGCGCCUGGAAUGUGCAAAACAAAGCCCAGUAUUUUCCCACUUAGCAUCUUCUCUCCAGGGACUCCGGACCAUCCGGGCAUACAAAGCCCAACAAAAGUUUCAGAAACUGUUUGAGACGUGCCAAGACUUGCACUCAGAGAGCUGGUUAAUGCUUUCGACCAUGUCCCAGUGUUUUGCCAUGUGUCUGGAUGUUGUCUGUGCCAUCUUGGUCAUUGCUGUUGCCUUUGGGGCCCUGAUUCUGAAAGAAUCUUGGACUCCUGGGCAGAUUGGCCUGGUCCUGUCUCUCACCCUCACACUCAUGAGGAUGUUCCAGUGGUGUGUCAGGCAAAGCACCGAAGUGGAGAACAUGAUGAUGUCAGCAGACAGGGUGAUUGAAUAUACAGAGCUUGAGAAAGAAGCACCCUGGGAACUUGACUUUCGUCCACCAGCAUACUGGCCUGACAACGGAAUGAUUGCCUUUAACAAUGUGAAUUUCAAGUACAGCCCAGACGGGCCUCUGGUAUUGAAGGACCUGACAGUAAGCACUGAACCAAAAGAAAAGGUUGGCAUCGUGGGAAAAACAGGAGCUGGAAAAAGUUCCCUCAUUGCUGCCCUCUUCAGAUUCUCAGACUUCCAAGGUACAAUUUCGAUUGAUAAAAAUUCGACAACCAGUAUUGGACUUCAUGAUUUAAGGAAGAAAAUGUCAGUUGUACCUCAGGAACCAGUUUUAUUCAUUGGAACAAUGAGGAAAAAUCUGGAUCCCUUUAAAGAGCAUAAGGAGGAGGAUCUAUGGAAUGCCUUAGAAGAGGUACAACUUAAAGAAACCAUCCAAGGUCUUCCUGGUAAAAUGGAUACUGAAUUAGCAGAAUCAGGAUUAAACUUGAGUGUUGGACAGAGACAGCUGUUGUGCCUUGCCAGGGCUCUUCUCAGGAAAAAUAGGAUACUGAUUAUGGAUGAAGCCACAUCAAACGUGGAUCCAAGAACUGAUGAGUUAAUACGAAAAAUAAUCCAUGGGACAUUUGUCCAGUGCACUGUGCUAACCAUCACAAACAGAUUGAGCAGCGUUGUUGACAGUGACAGGAUAAUGGUCUUGGAUUCAGGGAAACUGGAAGAAUAUGAUAAGCCACAUAUUUUGAUGCACAAUAAAAACAGUCUAUUUUACAAGAUGGCACAACAACUGGGCGAGACUGAGGCUGCUGCUCUCGCUCAAAGAGCAAAAGAGGUGCACUUCAAAAGAAAAUAGCCAGACAGACUCACAGUGACCAGGUGAUUAUGAAGGCUUUCAAUGGACAGUCCUCAGACUUAAUUUCGGAGUCAGCAUUGCAAUUCUACCAUAAGGUCACAUCUAUUCUGAAGGCAUUUAUCCAAUAGUUUUUGCACUGAAUGAGCUGUAUUGUAUUUUCCUUAUACCAGCAACAAAUAUUUACAGAUACAAAAUCUUAAUGGAUCCCAAGCUCUUGCAAAAGGAUUUUUAUUUGUAUAUAAUACUAUUUUUUUCUUAUCCAAAUCAGAGAUGCAGGCCAC